AGAGAGACACACACACACAGAGGGAGAGGGAGGUCCGAUCCCAUACAAGGCUUGAGCACAGAAGGAAAAAACAAGAGUAUUUGCAGGAUAUUUUCACAGCAGGAUGAGUAGCGGAGCGAGCGAGACGGAGGAGAGCAGCAUGAGUGUGAACAGCAGCGGAGCAGCACACUACUGAGAAACCAGACCUAGACAGGAGUGACACAUCUGUUGACAUCGAGAAAGAGUCGAUGUUCCACUUCAGCAGACGUCACUGGAGUUAAAAACAGAAGCUGUGAUGUGAGCGCCUGCGGAGUGAUGUCAUGUUCAUGUCAUUCAUCCUCAUCCGCUCGCUCUUCUGUGUCUGCAGCAUCAUGGGCACGCGUCUCUGGAUACUGAUGCUCCUGGUGAACCAGGUCUCUCCGUACAGACGUCCAGCAGAGCCUUCGCCCUGUCAAGUGGUCCACGAGGAUGUCGACUGCAGCGGCCUGAACCUCAGACGGGUCCCGGCGCGAUUGCCGGGCUUCAUCCACCUCCUCGAUCUGUCGCGAAACCUCCUGCAGAACCUCACGGACCGGGAGCUUCUGGCACUCUCCAACAUCCAGCAUCUGAACCUCCACGCCAACAAGAUCCAGUUCAUCCAGCCGGGCCUGUUCCAGGACACGAGCCGUUUGGAGGUGCUGGAUCUAUCGAGAAACUCGCUGGACCUUUACGGGGCUCUGAAAACUCACGUCGGGCCGCUCAAAUCAGUCCAGCAUCUGGAUUUGUCCGGAAACGGUCUGUUCACGGAUAUGAGCGACUAUUUCCUGAGCGACGCCCCGGUCCUCACCAACCUCUCUUUAGACGGGAACAGCAUUACUAAAAUAAGCAGGCACACAUUUAACGGAUCUCAGGCUCUAACAAGCAUCGACCUACACAAUAACGUCAUCAUAGAAAUCGAAGAAGGUGCUUUCGAGUCGCUGACGGGGCUCUCAGAACUCGAUCUGUCGGUGAACUCCCUUUCAUGCAUCACGGACUUCAACCUCGUUCAGCUCAAAACUCUAAACUUGAGCAAAAACAGCCUGACUAACUUCCAGACCGUUGAUUCGGAUCUGGAGUUCGAGCUUCUGUAUCUGGACCUGAGGGAAAAUAAAAUCCUGUACUUCCCCGUGCUACCCGAGAGGAACAAACUCAUGUACCUGGACCUGUCCAGAAACCUCUUGAGAAGCGUGAACUGCUCCGGUCCGCUAGAAGAGCUGGAGAACCUGAAGGCCAGCGGGUAUCUGUUCACCGACCACGACAAACCCCUUUGCCUUUGCGUCAAUCAGAGGCACCAGGAUCUUCCCAGGUUGCUCUACUUGGACUUGAGCUACAACCAGCUCAAAGCGAUUCCGUCCUCGUUCUUCAGCAGCAUGGUUUCUCUGGAGAGCCUAAACAUCAGCAAUAACUGUUUAGAGAGCUUCAGUGUGGAUUCAGAAGGCCGUCUGAACUCGUUGAAAACCUUGGACAUCAGCUACAACAACCUGCAGAACUUGUCCUUCGGCGAGAGCACGCUGGCUGCGUUGGAAGUCUUGCACCUUCAGGGAAACGCUCUGAGGACGCUAGACGCCGGGAUUUUCUCAAGGCUCCCCAACAUACGAAGCCUUCACCUUCAGCAAAACCUGUUUAGCAUCUGUCCUUCUCUCAAGGGUCCAAUGCACGACUGUAUCCGACUGUCCUCUAUCCCGACCCUGAGCUAUCUGUACCUCUCGGAGAACAGUCUUGCAUCGGUUCCACCAGGCGCGUUUCGCGGAAGCCCGCUACUUAUUCUGGAUUUUUCUCAGAAUGCCGACAUGGGCUUGGGCCCGUCAUCUCUCUCAGGUUUGGAGACGACCCUCACCCAUCUUUCUCUAAGAGGAAACCAGCUCCAAACCCUAACCGUCGACUUCACCUUCUUUCGGAAACUCAAGUCUUUGGAUCUGUCAGUGAACCGACUCACGGGGGUCUCUCUCUGGAGCGGAGAUUCUUCUGUGGAGUCCUUGAACCUGCAGAAUAACAGUUUGGUAACGCUUGCAUCUGACACGGUUUUCGCUCUGCAGAAAUCGCUCCGGAUUUUAUAUGUGGGCUCAAACCCGUUGAGCUGCUGCGGAAACCCGUACCUCUUCACGUUGCUCCAGCAGGACAGACUGAAUGUGCCGGACAUCGCCGCCGCAACCUGCUGGUACACCAGAGACUCAGAGAGCAUUGAGAUCAGCGUGAGCGCCGUGCAAUCGGAGCACUGCGAGUCUGUGGACGGGAAAGUGUUGUGGAUCAGCGUGAUCGUCGCACUCGCGCUCGGACUAACGCUGGUGUCGGUGGUCGCCUUGAAACUCUGUCACUCGAAAACGCACGGAUUCAAAAGAGGCAUCAAAGCUUGAGUCAAAAGAAGGAAAAGAAACCAAAGCGUUCUCACCUGACUGUGGUGCCGCAUGCAUGACCGCUGGGUUUCAGUAUGUGAUGCGUGGGUGGAUCUGGAACAAGUUCAGUGUCAAAUCCUGAUCGCCAUCCUUUGCAUUUACAUCAGUUGUGACAUUUGCUAUUUAAACAGAAAUGCAUGCAAUAUUCACAGAAUAAACUGGUGAGGGUAAAGCAGGACGUGCUUUUGCAUUCGAAACCAGACAGAUCAGAAUCAGAAAGAGCUUUAUUGCCAAGUUUGUUUGCACAUACAAGGAAUUUGUUAU